AUGUUGGAUACCAUCGUCCCUUCCCUGCAGGACCUAGGCAGGCACGUACUGCACACGCUGCCCUCGCUGAGCAAGGAGGAAGUCUCUACUAUCUGGGGGCAUGUGUCAGAAUUCGUGGAACGGCAGCUAUCCCUACACAAGGGAGCUCAGAUUCCAGGACUUGGAACUUUCACUUUCACGAGACAAAAACUUGAGGUGGGAAACAACAAGUUUAUUCUAAUUCAGAGGCCCAUGUUUAUCAUGGCGGAGAAGUUAGUACAGAUCCAUGGACUCAAACAAAACAAAGUAUAUACUCCUGGUGAUAUCCCAGUUGUUCCACUUAAUUUUGUCAUGAUAUCUCUAGAGGGUCCAUUUAACAGAGAUACGGUGGAAAGAUGUGUGAAGGAGACGUUGCUUUUUUUAUCACGAUCCAUUUCCACCAAACAAAACGUGGAGUUUACAUUCAAAGGAAUUGGGGUCCUUGUGAUCAAAGAUGGCAAAGUGAAGAUGAGAUUUUAUAAGGACUUCCUUUGUACAAUGGAUGGAAGUGGGGCUUUGGCGAGAGCCCUAGCAAAUAGGCCUGACACUGUGGACUCAGUGUUGUCUAGCAGAGAAUCCUUGGGGAAGCGGCCCAACAGCAUGCUUUCAUUUCCAAGGAUUGAGCUCAAGGAGAUGGAGAACAAACUGCCUAUGGAGACCACUGUAGAAGAAGGUGGACAGAAUGGACAAAGGAAGAGCAAGUUAAAAGACCAGUCAGACAAAGAAGAAGGUGUCCGAGAGAUCUUAUCACCCAAGGUAAUUCAAGAUAGACAAGCUAUCUCCCCCACCAAAGCGACAAAUGUCAGUUUCCCGCAGAAAUUGGAGCAGAAUGGGAGUGGUGGGAAGAAUACAAACAUUGAAAGGUUACCAUCUCUGGGUGGUCUGAAAAAUGACAAUGAAAUGAAGCCUAAAAUUUCUCCAGCCACUUCUUGCCAGGAUCAUAAUAGGGCAGGACAGGAAAUGUGUUAUGUAUGCUUGCAACGAGCACAGCGGAAUUCCCCGUUGUACUACAGUGAGGAGAGGAAGAGGAGAGAGGUGGAAGAUGAACGACUCCUACAGCAGUAUCAGAUGCUGAAAGAUCAAGAGGCUCUCUUCAAAGAGCAGAUGCGAAGUCUGGCUAGUAGAGAACAGAAUCAAAAAAAUGCUGCCUAUAAUCUUGGAGUUGCUGAAGCCAUAAGAAUCCACAAGAAUGAGAAACCUGAAUUUUAUAAAUCCUUCUUGUUUGAUAAACGGCCACUCAGUCCUGAGAUUAAUGCUUUUAAGCAAGAGGAAUACUCCCAAAGUCUCCUGAAACAAAUGGGUCACAGACGGGAAAAGGACAUAAAGCAAAGACAAAACAGAGAGUUGAUGGACCGCCUGGAACAAGUGCAGCUGACAGAGGAACUUGCUGCGCAAAGAGCCAAAUAUAUAAAAGAUAAGAUGGAAGAAACACAGUGUUACAAGAGAGCUUUGGAUGCACAGAUAAAGAACAAACGCCCCCAGCUGCCCAUGUUUGAGCCAGACUCUUCUGAGCCCAUCUUUGGUAAGGAAGAGGGUGAGCCGAUGGUGGAAAAGCGAAAGAGAGAACAGAAUUACAUGAGGCACCAGCUGGAGGCAGCCGCUAACCACAUGAGGACAGCCAUCUUGCACCAGCUGGUGGACCAAAAGUGGGAUCUGCUGAUGCUUCAGAGGACACACAAAGAGCACUUGGCAGACAGAAAUGCUGAGCUUGAGCGAGUGAGCAGAAUCUACCAAAACUUACAGGAUGACUGGGAAAGGAGUGCUGUCAUGAAGAAGCAGCGGGACCUGGAGGAGAAGGCUUUCGAGCGGGCCUCCAGCAAGCUCUUCCUCCUGGACCAGUGUGAGAAGUAUCGGCGCUGCAAGCAGUGCCAGAGGCGACCCUCCAACGUGGGCAAGAGCAACCUGUGGCCCCUGAACAAGUACAUGCACGGCUCGCAGCUGUUUGUAUAAAACCCAACGUCUGGGCCUGCCUUUCCUAGAGAAAGUUUUUCUUUUUUAAA